GCCUUAAGGGGAUGGCUGCAGCUAUAAGAUCCUGGAGGUUUGUUCGUUCAUUCAGUGCAGUGCUCAGCAGUUUUCACAGAAGACACAUUUUCAAGGAAAGUCCAACUUGGUUCUGGUUUUAAAAAGUUUCACAGUUGACCAGAUAUGAUGGCAAACACACCAGUGUCCAAUUGCACCCUUCCAAUGAAGUUCAUGACGCUCAUUGUCAUUGGUUACUUUCUGGCCAUUUUGAAUGCUCAGCCGGCUCUAGGUGAGAAAGGAUCCCAAGGACUCAGGCAGAUAUUGUUAAGAAGACGAGUGAAACGUGCCACUGAUUGUACCAAAGGCUUCAUUACAAAAGAUAUGACCACCAAUACGUUGUUACCCACGAUUUAUCCUGCUGAACAGUUAGAUGCCUGUUUGAACAACAGUGUGCUGCUUGCAAACCUUACUGAACUGGGACAUACAGCUUUCAGCAGAGAUCAGCUUCUUGUUCUAAAAAGAAAAUUGGGAGAGAUACACACAAGCGGACUGCCAGAAGAACGGAUUCGACAGCUGGGAUUCAUAAUUACUGUGUACGGUCCCGAAGAGAUCAGCAUGUGGAACAUAACAAAUGCAGAUACCCUUGCACUUGUUCUAAGGAAUAGCCCAAAUUUGAACACGACCAAUGUAAUUAUUGCAAAUUAUCUGCAAAGAUCUGGGCCACUAAAUGCGGUUGCAUUGGAUGCGAUUGGCGGUCCAUUACUGUGUACUCUGAGUGAAGAGAACCUCAGGACCAUCCUUCCCAGUGAACUGAAGAAAGCCAAACCACUGAAUAUUUCCACAUGUACCCAGGCGAAGAAAGACAUACUUUUUGGGAUCGCUAAAGUUGCGUUCCAGGAUCUUGCUGGUGAUCCCAAAGCCUAUUUUAACCAACUCAAGCCAUAUAUUGGUGGUGCACAAGCGUCUGAUUUACAGAGUUUAGCUGCUGGCAACAUCAACAUGGACUUUGAGACAUUCAGCAGCCUCAAUCCAGUAGAAGUGGAAAAACUCACUGCCCAGAACAUUCGAGAUCUGCUUGGAAUUAACCUGAAUUCCCUUAAAGAAAAUGAAAAUCAUGAGAUAGUGCGGCGUUGGGUUAACACACACACAGUGGCUGAGGUGAUGAGUCUGGGAAUUGGCCUCAGAGGUGGAAUAUCACCGGCUGGACUUGGGAAUCUUUCCAUUUUGCCAUUGCCUGGUUCUGCUUCAGUCAGCAGCUACAGUCUCCUGCUCUCCACAUGCAUCACUGUGUUGGGGAUCGCUUUGCAAUAUCAUUCAUAAACUGUGAUUGUGCUGCCUACUGUGUGAAAUGGAAGGAACCAUGUAUCCCAGCAUCACAUGAAGGAAAUUGAAGAAGGUUUAACCAGCUCAGCACAAGUAGAUUGAACGCUAUUUAUAACUUUGAAAUGACUUUAAACUAGCUUUCUAGACAUGGUGCUGAUCAAUUGUAAAACAAAAUAAUUUAGGGCAACUCUGAACUGUUGCUGGAAUGACAGUAAUCCAAAAGCAGUCAAUAAAGAUUUAUCUUAUUACUGCCUACCAAAUCUCACAGAAAUAUUAAUGAAUUUUCUUAUCAUGGAUUCCUUGUAGAGUGAAAGGUGGUAGAAGUUUGGAAUUCCCUUUGGCAAACAGCAUUGAAUGUCAGAUGAAUAGUUCAUUCUAGAUACGUUUUUGUUCAGCAAGGAUGUUAAGAGCUAAGGGACAAAGGUGGGAAUUUCGAAUUAUGUUGCAGAUUAAGUAUAACCUCAUUCAACAACUGACCAGACUCCAAGGGGUUACUCCUGUAUCAAUAACCCUAUGUUCCUAAUGAAGACACUACUUAAAGUUCAAAAUACUUUUCUUAGUGCAUGUUUUUAUAACAAAGCUCCUGUAUUGAUUGGCUUGAUUGUAAUGUAGCCAGUAGCUGAGCAAAAGUCACAUUAUAAGGGUAAAAGCCAGUAGGGCUCAGGAAUGGGCAGAGGUGAGGAGUACGAUUUCAGUGCCUGUUUUUGGAUGAGAACGGAACAUGAAGGCUCUCAGGCUCAAGUUGCCAUUCUCUCCCAAUUCUAAUCCACUGGUUGACACCUUCUUUGGAACCCGGACAUGUGUAGAGCUGACACUGACUUGAAUCAGCUGAGGACCUUAUUUUUUCAGAUUCUGCCUCUGGUCUAGAGUGCCUCCCCCACCCCCAUGCCCAGUCCCACCCCCUUCCCCAGCCCAUUCCCAAC